GACUUGCCACCCGAGUCAGUCAGUGCUGUGUCGGCACAGGAGCCGGUUGGUCUAUACGAUCUGGAAGAUCAGUUUAGGUGAUCCUCAGCGCCAUGGGUGUACAGUGUGUGACAGUUGUGAUUGGGUUGUGGCUUUUCGUAGCCCUCAGUGCUGCUCCGGCCGUGAUCAAUGCCAUGCCCUUGGCAGAAUCAGACGCUGUGACAUCAGCUACGACCAUUAGUAGUCCUGAAGCUCAAGCUCCUCCGCUGGGCAAUCCGCUGCCGGCGGGAGAAACCGAGGGCGUGAGCUCAACUACGACCGACAACUAUGCCCAGAUUGCCCUUGCGUACACAUCGAAACCGACAACGAUGGAACGGCUUCACUUUUCGGCGGGAGUGCACAAGUUUUUCGUUGGGCCGCACGAGGACACCGUAAAGCGAACGCUGGAGGAAUAUCACGACAAAUUUGAACGCUUCGGGCAGAAGGCUCUGCGGACCACGCCAAGAUAUAACAGGAAUGCGCCUAGCGUUUACUAGUUGAAUGUGUGCCUAGAAUACUCAACUGGAAGUUAACAUAUCAUCGCAACUUCAGCUUGUGUCAACGUAACGGUAGCAUCAGCAACGAUGCGCUGGCCUAAUCUCGCGGGAUUCCCACAAGCAACAGGCUGAUUGAUAGUGAACCGAGAAGCGUGACCCACGAGAAGCGCUUAUCAUUUCGUGAGCCAAUGACGCAGUGCUGCAUGCAUCAAAACAAUCAAUAAAUGAUAGUGCCACC